GGAUUUGAAGAUUGCAUCCUCACAUUUGUAAUCAGAUGUAGGAGAGGAUUAUCUCAAGGUCUCCUCCAUCUUGUGCACAGCUGAGUGCUGCUGAGACAAAGGAGGGUAGAGAGGGGGCUGUGGAGGAGUUAAAGAUAGAGAGAGGUCACCUGUGGAUGUGAGGGAGAUGUGGAGGAUGAAGGCUUUCUAAGGAACUGCGCCCCACGUCAGACACAUUAGAAGGAGGAGGAAACAGGGUUUAAGGCUCAGUGUCCACUGUGAAAGGUCUUCCAUGGCAGAGGCCGAGCUUCCAGCGUUGGAGCUGCACCCCUUGGGGACUGAUGUUUCCCUGGAAUCUACAGUCCCCAAUCAGCUUCUCUUUGACCCUCCUCCACAAACUGCAACACCCUCCCGACAGGCUGGAGAGCCAGGAACCACCUGCCAGGAAGAGCCAAAGAAAGUGGUCACUGAGGUUUGUAAGGAAAAUACAACAGCGCCUCCUACCAGAGAAAUCAAACACAACAGCCUGAAAGUCAACAGGGACUCUGGUCUGACAGAUCAGAACCCACCCGAGCACUGUGUUCCCCCCAGGACCUCAAACCACCUUCAUAACCUUGCAAAGAUGCAGACAGCCUCACAUCAGCACAACAUAGCCGUGAAUGCAAUCAAUGAGAACUCUCAGGCUGGUAUGACGCUGCAAACCAUAAAUCCAUCCUCCCUCCCUGUGCACAGGAGUCACUCCGACACUUUACCCAUGGUUAGAGAGGGUGUGCCACCCCCAGCUGCAGGCGCAGAGGCUUGUGGACUUGCCUGCCAUGGAGGAGAUCACUUUGUCCAGGAGGCCCACAUUUGCCCCAUGCUAUCGUGCAAGCAGCCCAUGGAACUGCAGCAGUGCAACAUCAUCCCCACGUUUCCUAACAGUGGAGAAGGAAGCGUCGCUCAUCCUCAGAGCAGGUGUGUCUGUGCGUCAGAGACGGCUGCGAAAGAAAAGGGCCAGCCUCACGCUAAAUGUGACAAAGUACUCUGCUGUGGCUCCUACAUCAAUCAUGCCAAUUUUGAGGACACAUUUGCUGCUUACUGCCACCCUCAGCCAAUCCCAGCCCCCUCUCAGCUGCUGCCCCGCCUGGCAGGAGCAGAGGCGAGCUGUGACAUCCAGCGUGCAGUGGAACCUCCCUCAGCCAUAAACCACCUCACCCUCCCUCGCCUCAUCUCCUCUGUCAGUGAGACGGGCCUGGAUGCCAAACACCUGCUGCGCUGCUGCAACCUCAACUGCUCCUGGGUGAGCAAUCUACCUCCUGGUUCUGGGCCACAAUCUCAAAAACACUUUGGUUUAGAGGAGUGCUGCAGCAGCACGGCGGGCCUUUUCAGAGCCGCAACCAGGGAGAUGGGGACUAUGACAGCCCACAAAGAGCUGAGGGAUGUUGGGGUACAAACCGGACAAACCGUCACACCUCAUGUAUUUCCCGAGAUCUGUCUGGCAGAAGAGAGCAGGGGUGAAAUCUCGCACAGCCAAACUCUAACCGUUGACAGCAAUGGAGACAAGAAACCGGGCGGUGCUCCCAAGUCUCCAGUGAAGGAGGUGAAGUGGGAUGCAGAGGGGAUGACAUGGGAGGUGUAUGGCGCCUCUGUUGACCCUGAAGAGCUGGGCCUUGCGAUUCAGAGACACCUGGAGUUGCAGAUCAGAGAAACAGCGAAUCACGCGGCCAAGCUGUCACGCCAGAACACCAACACCUCUCGGCAGAGCGGGAACAACGGCUGCCAGGGGAAAAGGAGCAGGAUGAUGGGCUCUUUCCGAACCCCGGCCUGUUGUUCCCGCACCACCACCGCUGUGGACUAAAAGGACCAGCUGACUGACAGAAAAACCCGAACACUGUGUUUAGCAGCCAGUUCGGCUGCUCAAAGCCUCAGCCUCAAAUAUCACUCAUCUAAUCAGGAGGUCUAUGAAAUACCAAACUGCAAGAAUGUUCUACAUGUUAGAAUCAACAGAACCUCUGUAUGGGAUCAAAACCAUAAAGGAGGAGUAAAUGAGGAACUUUACACCUGUUAUUACCAUCAUCUUUUGGUGUCUGUGGUUCAGUAUUUGGAGAUGUGAUUCCUGCAGCUGUGCACUGCCAGUGUUUACAGAAGCCUCUUCAUGUGUUCUUACAAUAAACCAUUUACAGACAAACUACAAAACAUCUGCAUAAGCAAUCUCACUUAAGGCUGCUGCUGUAACUCUCCCAAAGAAUAGGAGGAAAGGGGGUGUAAUUCAAUAAAUACAAACCAUAACCUGGCCUUUAUAGCCUUUAUAUUUAUCAGUGCAUCAUUGUAUUCUAGUACCCCCUUUGCUUCUGCUUCACCUCACUUGUAAAAUCCGGUCUACGUGGCUCUCAUCCUUGCUGUUUCUCAUGGGGUCUUGAUUGACAUGCACAGGCAAAUGUCAGCGGACGCCCUGCAGAGAGACCCACUGAGAACCGGGUUGCCUAACCUCCAGGCUGCUUGUAAAUGAUCAGUUUUCGAGACACUUUGUGCUCACAGUUCUGCAGCUCUCAACGGUAAAUGAUUCCAACUUUGACUUUGAUUGCAAUUGACAUUUCAAGUCUACUUAUAAAACUAGAGCUGUGUGUGAUGUAGCCAGAGAAACAGAAAAGCAGGAGGAGGUAUAGGAGAAGCAAAAACGAUGAGUUUCAGAGUUCCCGACUCACUUAAACACAACGCAUUAGAUCUCAAACUGUCCUAGCUGAUGGUUUAGUCAAGAAAAGGAGAAUAAUUCUGGCUUUGCCACCCUGCUCUGCACCUAGCGCUGCUCAAUUGUGGGAAAAAAAAAUCAGAAUCACAACAGUUUUGAUAGUUACACACGUGAUUACGUCUGCAUCUGUCUGUGAAUUUCAAAUGAUGAAAUAAAUUUGUUGUGUUGCUUUCGGGGACAGCCACAGCCAUGUUACGAUUCAGCAAAUUAUCCUGUCUUGUUCUGGGUUUGACUCCUCAAAACCAAAGUGGUUUCAUCUGACUGAGCUCAUUUCAACUUUCUGUUAACCAACAGCUGCCUUUCUCCCGUCGGCUUUAGCUCUUCAAACUCACAUGCUCCCUCUGCUCCUCACUUAAAUUAAAGUGAGAGCUGUUUUGGUGUUUCGGUGGGAUGUAAAGGAAGAGAGAGCCCACUUCAUUCACAACAUAUCGCAACUGAAUCACAACUGAUA